AACAAUUUAUAGCUAUUAACAAAUUGAUAAUUGAGUAAACGGGCCCAUGCAACAGUCCAUGAAAUGAAAGCAUGAUAACCAUAUUCUUUUACUAAAAAUGAAUUUGUAUUGUGCUUACCGGAAUUUCCCCUAAUUCUGUUUUAAGAGAGAAUGAAAGCAAAACCUAGGCAUUACACAGUCAGCGCCUCAGAGCAUCUCACAAAGGAGCCGUUGGUAAACUGAAUAAACUUCAGACAUGUCUGAAAGUAGUUCUCUGAACCAGCACUAUGAAGAGAAGGUGCGUCCAUGUAUUGAUCUAGUGGACUCUCUCAGGGCACUAGGUCUUGAAAAGGACCUGAACCUGCCAGCUAUUGCUGUCAUCGGUGAUCAGAGCUCAGGAAAGAGUUCUGUGUUGGAAGCUCUAUCUGGAGUGUCGCUGCCUAGGGGAACAGGUAUUGUGACACGCUGUCCUCUGGUACUGAAACUGAAGAAAUUUACAAAGGACAAAAACUGGCAUGGAUUGCUGUCAUAUAAGGAUCAAAUAAAGACACUAAACGACCCAGAGGAUGUAGAGAAUGCUGUCUUAUAUGCUCAGGGAGUACUGGCUGGUAACGGAGAAGGGAUCAGUCAUGAGAUGAUCACUCUGGAAAUCCAGUCAUGUGACGUUCCUGAUCUUACUCUCAUUGACCUGCCAGGCAUUGCUAGAGUUGCCACUGCCAACCAGCCAAAAGACAUUGACAAACAAAUAAAAGACCUAAUUAAAAAGUUCAUUCAAAGGCAAGAGACCAUCUGUUUGGUUGUGGUGCCUGCAAAUGUUGACAUCACCACCACUGAGGCACUGCAGAUGGCAUCCGAAGUGGAUUCAACUGGAGAAAGGACUUUGGGUGUUCUGACUAAACCUGACUUAGUGGACAAAGGCAUGGAGAAGACUGUGGUCAGAACAGUGAAUAAUGACAUUAUAACAUUGAAGAAGGGCUACAUGAUUGUUAAAUGCCGAGGCCAGAAUGACAUCAAUGAGAGACUUGAUCUGGCCAGAGCUCUGGAAAAAGAAAGAAUUUUUUUUGAAGAACAUGAUGAUUUCAGAUCUCUCCUUGAAGAAAAAGCUACAAUACCGCUUCUUGCAAAAAGACUCACAAACGAAUUGUUUGAACACAUUGUUAAAACACUGCCAGACUUGCAGAAACAACUUGACAUGAAAUUACAGAAGACGUCUGUGGAUCUUAGAGCACUGGGUGAUGGAGUUCCUCUUGGUGAACAUGAGAAGAUCAAAUUCCUGGUUACGAAAAUUAGCCAGUUCAAUGAUGCCCUUGAAAGAGUCAAGAAGGCAGAAGAAGAUGUAAAAAUUCCAAACACAAGGGUCUUCAACAAAAUCAGGGUGGAAUUUCAAAAAUGGAGAUCCGCCCUGAAUGCCAAAGCCAUUAAGACGGAGGACAUCCUCAGAGUUGAGGUAAAAGAGUAUGUGAGGACUCAUAGAGGAAUGGAGCUUCCUGGAUUUUUAAACUACAGAACGUUUGUGAGCAUUAUCACAGAAUACAUCGAGGAUAUGGAGGAACCUGCUUUAAAGAUGCUCAAAGAUGUCACAGAUAUUGUUCACUCCUCUGUAGACCAUAUCGUUAACACUCAUUUUAAUGCCUUAUCUCACCUGGAGAGUGCUGCGAAAGAGCGAACUGAUUGCUUACUUGAUAAGCAGUUUCAGAAAGCUGAGAAGAAAAUACGUUCACAGUUUAAAAUGGAGAAGAUUGUUUACUCCCAAGAUGAUCUCUACAGUGACCAGCUAUGCAAUGUAAAACGAAAAUCAAAUGCAAAUCAAGGGCUUCUGGCAUCAUUUGUCAAUGCAGAUGUACGUGACAUGGGAUACCAUCUCAUCUCCUAUUUAACGAUUACCACUGAACGUCUGGCUAAUCAAGUUCCACUGAUAGUCCUGUAUCACACGCUGAACAAGUACAUCGCUCAGCUUCAGUGUGAAAUGCUUGUCAUGACUAGAGAGAAUGAUCCAGGAAUGCUGCUCCAAGAAGAUUCUGAUAUUGAACGUAAGAGGAAUGAAUUGAGAGAGCAACUGAAGCGCCUGCAGAGAGCUGGUAUAGCACUGUCAAAGUAUAAGCAUUCUGCAUAAUUGUGGGUAGAACCAUCACCUCACAUCAAGAUCCCUGGUUUGAGUCCCUGCUGACCAUAACACUGCGGCUCCAGUAUCCCUGCGAGCCUACGAUUGGUGGAAAAUCCUCAUUUUCAAAAUUUCCUAUAUUUGUUUUCUUAUUGCAUGUUACUGGUCUUAUUGUGAAUGAUUCAUACUGUAUGAAAAUAUAUAUUUUUGCAUUUUUUCCAUUUAGUCAUGAUGUGAGUGGAAAUUAAAAACACCUUCAUUCCUUGAAAGACAAAAAAUCACAUCUGUUUUAUGUAGGUUGUACUGUCCCUUUUGAAGUUUGUGGUGUGUUUUCAUGUGAAACAUUUAUAUCUGAAAAUGCAUUGGUGCACUGGUUAUGGUUUGUGUGGAUCCAGUCUCCGACAGACUUCAGAUGACCUAUUUCUCUAUAUUGUAAUCAUUAUAUUUCACUUGUAAUAAUAGCUUUAAUAAGCUUCUGCCUAAAAUGAAUUCAUGUUAGCAAACUCUAUGAUUCUUUUAUCUUGAACUGUUCAUUUGUGAAAUGGAAAUUUCCUGGACACAUUCACUCCUGAAAGCAGAUCACUCUAAAUUGUAACCUAGACACAUGCAUUUUCUGUUAAGCUUCUUUGAAACGAUGUGUACUGUAAAAGGCGCUUUACAAAUAAAUUUGAAUUGAAUCGAA